AUGGCGUCGGUUUAUUUAUCUUCCCUGUAUCUACCCACCUUCCUGGCGCCGCACUUCCGCCGGAAACGCGCGUCGCCUCCGCAAAUUGGCGGCGACGGCGUUUCACAAGGCGCCGGCACGCCGCGCGACGCCGCGUUUCCCGAAUUGCCGAAACGCCGAAGCGAUUUCCACACCCGUUCUAGAUACCUCGUUCACUUCCGACACGGUCUAGAAUUUUCGAGCGACGUUCGCGAGCCGCGUGGACUAGAGCUACAGCCGCUGCUGAUCCAACAUUUAAUUACGACCAACAAAUCGAAGCGCAAAGGUGAACGGGCGAGUUCACACGUGAAGCAGCGUAACAAGCGACGUCUUUCGCAAGCGCGGUUCACAAGGAUCGGUGGCAGAAUCGCAUCGCAUAGCUGGUGUCGCAAGUGGUGUCUGGUCUCUUGCGGCAAGCUCAUCAGAUCACGACGCUUCCUCUAUCGCAAUCGUGCACCGGCCAGGUUCCUCGGCCCCAGCCGCCACUUCCCCUGUCUGACGCAACCU